AUGACUUGGGACGGAGGAAUCGAGCCAAAUGGCACAGAGGGCAAGAACUUCUACAUCCCCAUGUCCAACAGGAGUGGAGUCGUCAGAAGUCCCUUUGAAUACCCUCAGUAUUAUUUGGCGGAUCACAUCAUGUACAAGAUUCUUGCCGUCUACAUGUUCUUCCUGAUCUGCACUGGAACCCCCAUCAACGGUCUGACGCUGCUGGUCACGGCUCAGAACAAGAAACUCAGGCAACCUCUCAACUACAUCCUGGUCAACCUGGCCGUGGCCGGACUCAUCAUGUGCUGCUUCGGAUUCACCAUCACCUUCACCUCUGCUUUUAACGGCUACUUUGUCCUCGGAACCACUGCCUGUGCCUUGGAGGGAUUCCUGGCCACAGUUGGUGGUCAAGUGUCUCUCUGGUCUCUGGUCGUCCUGGCUGUUGAGAGAUACAUCGUAGUCUGCAAACCCAUGGGAAGCUUCAAGUUCACUGGUACUCACGCAGCAGCUGGAGUCAUCUUUACCUGGAUCAUGGCUUCUGCAUGUGCUACUCCUCCUCUUUUUGGCUGGUCCAGGUACAUCCCUGAGGGCAUGCAGUGCUCCUGCGGACCCGACUACUACACUCUGGCCCCCGGCUUCAACAAUGAAUCAUACGUCAUUUACCUGUUUGUCGUCCAUUUCUUGGUUCCUGUCUUCAUCAUUUUCUUUACUUAUGGAAGCCUUGUCCUGACAGUCAAGGCCGCUGCAGCCCAGCAGCAGGACUCGGCCUCUACUCAGAAAGCUGAGAGGGAAGUGACACGCAUGUGUGUCCUGAUGGUCAUUGGCUUCCUGGUAGCUUGGGUACCAUAUGCCACUUUCGCCGCCUGGAUCUUCAUGAACAAGGGAGCUGCCUUCACCGCUCUGACUGCAGCCAUCCCUGCCUUCUUCGCUAAGAGCUCGGCCUUGUACAACCCUGUUAUCUACGUGCUGAUGAACAAACAGUUCCGUAACUGCAUGCUGAGCAGUAUUGGAAUGGGCGGCAAGGUGGAGGAUGAGGCCUCGGUGUCUGCCAGCAAGACAGAGGUGUCCUCUGUGUCUUAA